CUUAUUCCUGAACCGAAACGAAACCGGCAACCGGCUACUGACCGACAUCACGACAUCUGGUAUAUACGAGACGAUGAACCGAUUUUUAAGGAUGAAGAAGGAAGAUUUCUUCCAUUUACUGUCCCUUGUUGGUCCAAAAAUUGCGAAAAUGGACACAGAUUUCCGCAAAGCAAUCACGGAACAGGAAAGGCUGCUGAUAACAUUGCGGUAUCUUGCGACUGGAGAGACAUUUACCAGCCUCCAAUACGUGUUCCGGGUGUCGAGGCAUUCUAUCAGCAGAAUAGUUAAAGAGACGUGCGCAUGUCUUAUCGAGGCUUUGCGGGAUUAUGUCAAGGUAAGUUGCGGGUGUAACCAGCCUCGCUUCAGUGUUUAUGUGUUUAAAACGUUAAGCCCGGUGGCAGGCACCAGGGCCUGCCAGUAAACUUUCCCGUUUGCCGGGGCCAACCAUUGCUCUGGGGACUCUUUGGCUAGAGAAACAGAAUACAUUGCGAACAACUGUACUCUAAUCGCAUGAAUAAAACGGUGUGAAGGUAAAAAAAUGAUUUUCUAAAUAUUAUUGCGAUUGAUAAAGACAUCAACCCACACACAACAGUAUUGAUGAAGAGAGUAGAGUUGAAAUUAUAGCGAAAAACCUCAUUUUUUCUACAUGCAUCUUUGGAUCAAAAUUCACUGCUUGGGUAGUAGAUGCCGGCGGAUAGUUCAUGAAAAACAGAGCCGGAAUGAACGUGUGAAAUGUGCUGCAGUACGUUUUCCUCUUGAACG